ACUGACUCCUUGUAAACAGGGAGUGUUUAGGGUGUGGAGUGAGGGUGUGGAGUGAGGGUGUGGAAGGUUAUCCUCAUCAACCUCGUUUGAUGUUGAAAGAUUCAACAGUUUCGGAGGAUUUAUAGAAAAAUCGGUUUAAAUGCUUCCAUUUUAUGUGCAAGAACCAAACUUGAAACGAAACGAUCAUGGCAGCGUCAGCCACAACGACCAACACCUCCUCGGCAAGUACGACCAUGUCAGAAGACUGUGGCCUUGACCUUUCAGAAGCUGAACUUCCGCUAAUUCUGAUCCCGACGUUCAUCUUCAAUGUCAUCGCCUUAGUCGUUCUUCUGAAGAUAAAGGGAUCUGCGGACUCCCUCGACAGGCUUCUCGUCACCAGCCUCGUCGUCAACGACCUCCUCUCCACCUGCCUGUACCUACUGACGUUCCUAAUGGGAUGGCUGUCUUGUGGAUUAAUCCUUAAAAAGCCGUUCUUAUGUGGUCUCAUGGGUUGGCUGACGACGACCAUGGUGAUGUGGUCAGCCGGUGUCAUCACCGUUAUGACGUCAUGCAGGUAUUUAGCUCUGGUCAAGCCUCUUUACCACAGGUCAAAGGUCACGGCGAAGUCGAUUAAAUUCGCCCUUGUUGGAACUCUGAUAUGGAUGACCCUGCACCUGAUAUUUCCGUUUUUCCACCUGGAUUCACCCUACAGGAUCUACGAGUCCAAUAAGAUCUGUGGUUAUGAGUUCACACCUGCUGCGGGCGGAUCCUUUCACAAGGUGAUAUUAGGGUUCAUCAGCGUUGAAGGUCUUCUGACAAUCGUCGUAGUUUUAUUCUUCAAUAUAUCUAUUAUACAUCAGCUGCGGAAGAGAGCUCAAGUUCAGUCUGGGGAUGUUCCGGAAUAUCAAACACACAUCCAUGGUCGUCAACGUCGCACUGCCUUUGCCACAGUCUGCAUCGUCGUGUCCUUGUUCUUCUGUCUGUGUUAUGGACCAUUUUUGGUUCGUGUCUUGUACGAUGUGAUUAUCAACGCAACAGAUCAGAAUGAGAUGCGACACUCCGUUUCGCUAUCUCUGCUAUUUCUGAGCCCUCUUCUCAAUCCAGUGUUGUACGGAAUCUUCAACAAACGGUUCAGGGAGUGUUUCCUUGAAAUUAUUAAAAACGGUUAUAGGAAGUUAAAGUGCAAGUCUUCUGAUGUCAGCACUUCAAACGUCAACACGGUUACCAGACAAACAACGUAAACAAUUGUAUAACGACUCUACAGUUGAUGGAUCCAUUCGUCGACAAAAAUAAUUUGAUAUUUGCUGAAACAAAUCUUGUAAAUAGAUCUUCGUAUAUAUUAUUUUUGUGCAUGUAAUAUUUUAAAUAAAAAAUCAUUGUCUUC